AUGGAACCAUAUGAGCGGGAAUAUGCUCACGGAACACGUAAAAGAUAUAGGGGAAAUUACGAUUGGGGAUCAGAAAACCAUAAACGUGUGCAACAUACAACGGAGGAAACAGUGCUGAAUCUACUAAGAAAACAUGUGCUUUUGCUUGGUGAUCCUGUUUAUGGAGAAAAUAUUGAAUCAGUGGCACAAAUCUUGAUAGCAGAUUUUGAGGAUGAAACAUUACAUAAUGGCAUUUUGAGUACUUUUAGAGAUUAUAUUAUUGAGCUCCCAAUGAAAAUACCAUUUUUGGCUACCGUUGUUUCACUUGCAUCUACAAAAGAAGCAUCUAUAGGAAAAUAUACAGUGGAGUAUAUGUCAACAGCUGCACAAGCAUUUCUUGAUAGUGGGGAAUGGAGGAAUUUCAAACUAAUUUUACGAUUUCUUGUCUGUGCAACAUCUAUGAUUGAUGGCGAUGGUGUAAUGCAUGUACUAAACGGAUUGACACAACGUAUAUCCGAGAUAUAUACAAUUAUAUCAGAUAAAGGUGUUUUUAGUAAUGACUCUUAUGCAGAUGAACUGGCGUAUAUCUUUCUUAUAACGGUGCCUUAUGUAAUAGCACGUUUUCCAGAAAAUUCAUUAGUUUUUGAAACACUUUUCUCAUACAUGGAUCGUAUUGAACCAUAUAUGAAAUACCGAUCUAUUGAUAUUUCUUUAUUGCAGCCAUUCAUAGAAACUGAUCCAUCUCAUGAUUCAGGAGUCCUUGAAGAUUUAUGGGAUCAAGUCCAAUAUAUAAAAAAUGAUAGAUAUAAUAUAAAUGUGUUUUUACGACCCUGGGUAAAAUUUGAAACGCAAUUGGCAAAUACACCCAAAUUCAUUUUGCCAUCUAUUACUAUACCAGAAAAGUUUUACUAUACUGAAAGAUGCUACUUUCCAGGGCCAGUUUUCCGUAUUUUUAUUAAUCAGCCAAUUGAAACUGUUCCAUCUUCUCAAACCAUAGCAAGUUCGGUUAUUAGGGAUGUAGUUGAGGAUAUUAUUGAUAUUAUGGAGUUUAAUAGAAAGGAAGCUGCACGUUUUCUUGCAGAUUUAUCAUGUUAUUUUGCACCUAAUUUAUUUGUUUCUGAAUCAUUAAAUGAAAUAAAUAAUCAAAUAAAUACCCUUAGUGAAUGGAAAUCUGAGGAUAUUAUCUUAGAAACUAUAUUUGGACGGUUAUUUCGACUACCUAAGCCUCUUCAGCGUCCUAUAUAUUAUCAUUCUCUUUUAAUAGAACUUUGUAAAUUAAUUCCGAAAAGAUUUGCACCAUCAUUAGGAUAUACAAUUAGGUAUAUUUAUAAGGAACUUCCGCGUCUUAAUGGCGAAAUUUUGUAUAGGUUUUGGUCAUGGUUUUCUCACCAUUUAAGUAAUUUUAAUUUCAGUUGGAAAUGGGAUGAAUGGGUAUCUGAUCUUGAACUUGAUUCAACACAUCCUAAAAAAGUGUUUAUAAGAGAAACGAUAGAAAAAGAAAUCCGUUUAAGUUAUUAUUCUAAAAUUAAGGAUUCACUUCCUCAGGCAUAUCAUAUAUUAUUACCUGGAGAGCCUUCUGGUCCUUAUUUUGACUAUGAUUUACCAAAUUCCAAAUAUUUUGCAGAAGUUGAAACUUUACUUGAAACAAUGAAAGUAAAUACAGAGCAAUCAGAAACGGAUGUUGCACUUGAAAUUAUUGAAAAGACAGCGGCUGAAAAUAACGAGGAAGAUCCUCAAUUUGAAGCGCUUAAGGCUUUAGUACAAUGUGUUUUACAUUUAGGAGCAAAAUCUUUUUCUAAUGCUUUAAAUACGAUUGAGCGAAAUUUGCCAGGAUUGCGAGCUCGCUGCAAUGCAAGUAAGAAAGCAUGUCGACAAACGAUUGAUAUUAUUAUGAAAUUUUGGAAAGAUCAACCAGGAAUUGCUGUAACUCUUAUAGAUAAAUUUUUAAAUUAUUCAAUUAUUAAUAUAGUAUCAAUUAUAGAAUGGGUUUUUUUGGAUGUUGAUAUUGAAUAUAUUAAUAGAGGCUUUAUUUGGGAAUUAAUGAAAAUAGUUCUUGAUAAAAUAAAUUCUAGAGUAAUACAAACUAAAAGACAUUUAAAAAAUACGGAUACUUUUUUGAAUGAUAAUUCGGAAGACUUGUUGAAAUAUGAAAAGACUUAUAAAAAAGUAUUUUCAGAUCAAAAGGAUGUUCUUAUUGCAAUAUUUGAAAUGUUCCCAAAACUAUAUGAUCGUAUUAAGAAUUUGCAUGGAAAAAGUAAUGGUUGUCAGGAAAAUGGAUUUUCUGAUAAUCAAGUAUCAUGGCAACUUCAAUGGGUUAAAGGAUUAUUUGAAGAAUUUGUUCGAAAGUGUCAUCAUGAAAUAUCAAAUCUUUCUGAAAUAUUAGAACCUAUUAUACAAGAUGAAUAUGCUAAAGAGAUAUUUGAAAAAGCAAAGAAUCUAGAUCGAGUUAUAUAA